AAGAAACUAAAGUGAAUAACAUAAAUGUAUACCUAGCAUCCCUCAACCUACCACAUCUCACCACUAACCAACAAUCUCAACUAGAAGACCCUAUAACAUCAGAAGAAAUCCAAUUAGUGAUUAAGGAUCUCCCAGCAGACACGACCAGAGCACUGAGAGAUAUUAGCUCUGCACAAAAUGUUGCUGCACUACACUUAACCGAUAAUAAUAUCAGGUAUUGAUGUAACUGGAGUGAAUAAAGGAACCUUCUUCCUGAGCACAGGCAUUGGAGCCUGUUAUCAGCAUGAACUCAUUUGUGCUAGACAAACAUGUGAAAAGUUCAUCUGCAUUCUUCACUACAGAAAGCAUCAGAAUGAUACCACAGACUCCAACAUUUUUAGACACUAAUGACUAUUCACAAACCUUGGGGAAAUCACAGCAGAUAUUUAAAGAUGAUGAUGAAUUGUCAGGAACUGGGCAGCAAUCAUUAUGUACAGAGAGUAAUUUAGUCAUCAAACAAGAGGACAAGAUUUAUGCCUUGUCUAGUGAAAUGAUUAUCCCAGAGGAUAAACCACAAACAUUUACCAAGCUUUCAAAAAAAUUUAAAGAAGAGAAAAGUCUACAGUCUAACCAAAUGAUUCAUACAAAGGAGAAACCUUUCAAAUGUACAGAAUGUGAGAAAAGCUUUAGUUGGAAGUCUCGUCUCCUAGAACACCACAAAAUUCACACAUGUGAGAAGCCAAACACAUAUCCUGAGUGUGGAAAAAGUUUUACACAAAUGACAAAACUCAUAGCUCAUAAAGGGACCCACACAGGGGAGAAAACAUUUAGCUGUGAAAAAAGUUUUACAGAAAAGAGUAGUCUGAAAAAACAUGAAAAGAAUCACACAGAAGAAAAGCCUUUCACAUGUACAGAGUGUAGAAAAAGUUUUGCACAAAAGAGUGAUCUGAAAAAGCAUGAAAGGAUUCACACAGGAGAAAGGCCUUUCACAUGUACAGAGUGUGGAAAAAGUUUUACUGAAAAGAGUGAUCUGAAAAAGCAUGAAAAGAUUCACACAGGAGAAAAGCCUUUUACAUGUACAGAGUGUGGAAAAAGUUUUACUGAAAAGAGUGAUCUGAAAAAGCAUGAAAAGAUUCACACAGGAGAAAAGCCUUUCACAUGUACAGAGUGUGGAAAAAGUUUUACUGAUAAGAGUAGUCUGAAAAAACAUGAAAGGAUUCACACAGGAGAAAAGCCUUUCACAUGUACAGAGUGUGGAAAAGGUUUUGCACAAAUAAGUAGUCUGAAAUCUCAUGAAAGGAGUCACACAGGAGAAAAGCCUUUUACAUGUACAGAGUGUGGAAAAAGUUUUACAUAUAUGAGUAAUUUGAAAACUCAUGAAAGGAGUCACACAGGAGAAAAGCCUUUCACAUGUACAGAGUGUGGAAAAAGUUUUACACAAAAGAGUGAUCUGAAAUCUCAUGAAAGGAUUCACACAGGAGAAAAGCCUUUCACAUGUACAGAGUGUGGAAACAUUUUUAGACAUAUAAAUAGUCUGAAAACUCAUAAAAUGAUUCACACAGGAGAAAAGCCUUUCACAUGUAUAGAGUGUGGAAAAGGUUUUAUAUAUAUGAGUAAUCUGAAAACUCAUGAAAGGAGUCACACAGGAGAAAAGUCUUUCACAUGUACAGAGUGUGGAAAAAGUUUUACACAUAUAAAUAGUCUGAAAACUCAUAAAAUGAUUCACACAGGAGAAAAGCCUUUCACAUGUAUAGAGUGUGGAAAAGGUUUUAUAUAUAUGAGUAAUCUGAAAACUCAUGAAAGGAUUCACACAGGAGAAAAGCCUUUCACAUGUACAGAGUGUGGAAACAUUUUUAGACAUAUAAAUAGUCUGAACACUCAUAAAAUGAUUCACACAGGAGAAAAGCCUUUCACAUGUAUAGAGUGUGGAAAAGGUUUUAUAUAUAUGAGUAAUCUGAAAACUCAUGAAAGGAGUCACACAGGAGAAAAGCCUUUCAAAUGUACAGAGUGUGGGAAAAGUUUUACACGAAUGGAUCAUCUGAAAUCUCAUGAAAGGAGUCACACAGGAGAAAAGCCGUUCACAUGUACAGAGUGUGGAAAAUGUUUUAAACAAAUAAGUAGUCUGAAAUAUCAUGAAAUGAAUCACACAGGAGAAAAGUCUUUCACAUGUACAGAGUGUGGAAAAUGUUUUAUAGAUAAGGGUAAACUGAGAAAACAUGAAAGUAUUCACAAGGGAAGAAACCUUUCACAUGUUUAGAAAGUGGAAAAAAAGAUUUUUUAUUAAAAGUCAGGUAUCACAAAACACCAAAUAUUUACACACAGAUACAUUUUAUAUACACAGUGUACAAACUUUUUUACAAUUAUCCUAAAGAGGACAAACUCUCUAAAUAGAAGCAUCAAAAAGGAUCCUAUUGUAAAUAAUACUUUCUAAAUUCCAUUUAUAAAAGCCCCAGAUUAGAAGAGCUCUUUUGCUGUCCUUUGUUCCUCUAUAUAUGUGCACCUCAGUUUCUCUUAUAUAUGUGAUAGAAUCGAAACACCACACAGGAAUAUACAGGUCCGUCCUCAUACUGACCAGUUUACACAACCAUUCACCACCAAAGCACCCCCUGUGUUUAUUAAUAUUGUACAGGAAAAAAUUGUAUUUUCCUUGUUUAUUAAUGUCAGUAUAUGGCAGGGUUAUAAUAUAAUAUAUUUAAUAAUUAUCCUUUAAAAUAAACCUCCAAUAAAAAUGCAUAUACAAAACAAUAAAAUUAAUGUAAAUUCCUAAAUUUUUUAUAUUAGUUAAAAUUUAUAGACAUAUCGAAAUAUAUUUGUAGAAAGCCAGACCUGAAUCAAACUAUACACAUUUAAACUAUUAUAAUAUGCUAUGCAACAAUCACAAAAGUUACCUUAUUUAUUAACCUUAUUCACAGUUGAAUUUCAUUAAAAUACCACAACGAGAUACCAAGAUAUGAGCCACUAACUUAAACAGUGCUUAGUUAAACAAUAGAACAAUACACUUUGCCAGUCAAUUUCUAUGCUGUUAUCUGAGAUGAAAUAAAUUCUUUAGCAGCAAUAAAUUCUUAUAUAAAAUGAGGGAUUAGUAAUAAGUGCUGUCCAAAGCCCUGGCUAGUGAGGUAUGGGGUUCCUUGGAGCUGCUAUAUUCUAAAAGAAUGUACUUAAAACCACUAACAAGUAGGAAAAAAGGAAUGAAUAGAAAGGUAUAGAAUUAGCACUAAAGGACCCUAAAAAUAAUGAUCUCAGUUUAAAUAACUGAUAAUGUGUUUACUUAUAAAACCAAAAGAAUAUUCUUGUGUGAGGGUUUAAAAUCUUAUACAGUUUAGUGAUGUUGGGCUCAGUUUCCACUGACUGCAGUCACUAUUUUUGAAAGCAGCGUUAAUGUGCUGAGUCCUGGUGCUUAAAAACAAUGUUUUAUUGGUAUGUUUAAAAACACAAAU